AUGACAAACUUUGAUCAAGGGUUGUGGGUAAUAGGCUAUGGCUCGCUAAUAUUCAAGCCUCCACCGCAUUACUCGCUCAAAGUCUCGGGCCAUUUACAAGGUUUUAUCCGUCGUUUCUGGCAAAGUUCAAUUGAUCAUCGAGGCACACCCGAAUCACCUGGCCGUGUUGUUACUCUUAUCUCACUAGACGAACUUCGACAAGAACGUUUUUUCCAUAACGAUUUGCAUACCUAUGAACUAAUGGACAAUAAAGGUCUCGGACAAAAACUCGAAGUUGACCACUUUGAUAUCAGUUCCUUACAACCACAAGAUUUAAAAGUUUGUGGAUGUGCAUAUUAUAUUCCGCCAGCGCAUGCAGAGGAAGUACGAAAUUACCUUGAUAUUCGUGAGCAGAAUGGAUAUGAAUUAAAAACAUUGCGUUUCUACAUUCGUGAUGAGGAGUUGCCAAAAUUGAAACCUAAAGUUCUAGAUGUAAACGAAGUAGCAGGAACUGAUUUGAUAACUCAAAGUGUUGAGAUGAGUGAUUUUUGUUUGCAGCACGAUGAGUUUGGACCAUAUAUUCAAAGUCAGAUAUAUAUUGGUGGUUUAGACCUUGAAAGUUUUAUUGGACCGGAAAGUAUACAUGAGACAGCCAAGAUUAUCAAGACAAAUGUAGGACCUAGUGGGAAAAAUGUGGACUAUUUAACAAGUUUAAAUACCGCUGUGAAACAACUUGGUUGGAAAGAUAGCUAUCUAGAAGAUUUGGUGAGACUUAUAGAGUAA